AUGAGAACAAAUUCUUUCAUCUUCACGGGAAAGUCUGGCAAAGCUGCAAACACCGACAGCCUGAAUGACCAACAUGAAAACCAGGAAGAAGGUGGGGUUAGCUCAGGGGAAGCAGCAGCAGCCUCUGGCACAGCAGAGAUGCCGUCCGACAGUGAUAACGGCUCCUCCAGUGCCGAUGCAGGGCCUACAAGGGGCAGUGACACAUAUGACGAGGCAUCAGAAAUUAAAGCAGUGCUCUCUGAGAUCCAAGAACUCUGGGAAAACCAAGGAAAACUCAAAGAAUCCUUUAAAAACCUUAGAGCCACCUACCAGCAAAGGAACACAGAGAUCCUGGAGGCCCUGCAAGAGGAACAAUUCAGGUAG